CUGGAACGAUCAACAUUCAUCUGUGAUACACCAGACGGUAGAGCUGACUCCGGCUGGCAGCCAGGGCGGGUUUUGACACCAGACUCUCUGCUGAAGUUUAGGGGCUAGCCAAGGGAAGCAGGGAGCAACCUCUGGUGUCCCCUCUCCACCGAUGGAUCUACAGAGGACGGGCACCAGCUGCACCAGGGGCUGAGAUCCAUUCAGCUCACUUGCCUCUCCCAAAAGAGCCUUUAGUUCACCCCCUCCGCCCCGUCAGUGACUUUCCAGGGAGAAUCUCUCCCUUCCCCUUUGCUGGAUGGUGGAAGAAGGCGUGGGCAGCGGGGACAGGGCACCCCACAGGGGGCUGCGGGGACCCCGUCGUCCUCUGGCUGCGCCGAGGAACAUGUCGGUGGUGGGCAAGGCCCUGUGGAGCGUGGAGCGGGCGGGGAAGGGCUGGCGGUUUGAACAGCCCAUCGGAGUGGACUGCAGCUCGCCCGAGCCCCGCUGCAUCUGGUUGAGUAGCCUGCGGAAUGACAAUGCCGACCUGGAGCACAGGUGGUACCGUGCCGGGGCCGCCCUCCCCAGGCAGAAACGCUGCUCGCGCCCUCGGCUGGAGACACGUCACACGCCGCCGCUGGGACGGAGAGAUGGGACCUCUCCGAAUGACAACGCCCCCCUGGAGGAGCCCUUCCCCUGGGUGGGGCCGAAGACAGUGCUGCUGCGGAAGAGCUCGCAGGGGGGGUUCGGCUUCACCCUCCGACAUUUCAUCGUCUACCCCCCGGAGUCGGCGGUCCACUCCAAUGUCAAGGAGGAAGAGAAUGGAAACCGAGGAGGUCCCCAGCGGAGCCGCCUGGAGCCCAUGGACACCAUCUUUGUGAAGAAUGUGAAGGAAGAUGGGCCUGCGCACCAGGCUGGCCUCCGCACAGGAGACCGGCUUGUCAAGGUGAACGGGGAGAGCAUCAUCGGGAAAACCUACUCCCAGGUCAUAGCGCUGAUCCAGAACAGUGACGAUGCCUUGGAACUCUCCAUCAUGCCCAAAGACGAGGACGUCCUCCAGCUGGCCUAUUCUCAGGAUGCCUACUUGAAGGGCAAUGAACCCUACUCCGGGGGAGCCCAGAGCAUCCCGGAGCCACCUCCCGUCUGUUACCCUCGGAAGACCUACCCGUUCCAGUCCAGGGCUCCCAGCCGGGAGGCGAUGGUAGCCGAGCCUUUGCAGGGACAGCAGGCGGACGGCAGAUCCUACCGGCCUGCUCCUUCAGGCCCAUCUUCCCCCUUGAACAGCGCGGCACUCAGCAGCUCCAUGCCCAGCACGUGGAACGAGGCCAGAAGCGACGCCGCUUGGGAGAUCGGCAGCACCCAUUCCAGCCCGGCCCACCGCACAGAGGAGAUCCAGUAUGGAAUGACCCAGCCGAGGCCCGGGAUGCCCGUCGCAAGGCCAGUCCCAGCCCCCGGCUCCUUCUCACGCGUCUCCAACACCAGCUUCGCAGGUCCCCUUGCUUCUUCCUUGCCAGAGAGGUACGGCGUCCCGACUGCUUCCUCCAUGGCCAGCCAGGCCUGCUACGGGGUCCCCAGGCACCUCCCAGACCAUCGGACUCACUGCGGUUUCAAGGAAGGCCGGGAUGUUAGCAUGGGGCCUGGCGGCCCGGGCCGUCCCUCCUGGGAGUAUCUGGGCGGCCCCAAGGCCAUCAGCCGGCUGGAGUGCCAGCAGGCGCUCUCCAACUGGCUGUCCAGCCAGGUGCCACGCCGGAGCGCCUCGGAAGAGCGGAGGUACGCCAUGCCGCCCCGGUACCGCAGCGUCUCUCAGGACCGCCUGGGAGACACCCCGGCCUCCAGAGGCUGGCCCCACAGUGCCUCGCAAGACACCUUGCUCCAGCCCAGCCACGACAGCUGGGGCUACCGGGCCCGGUCCGACAACUCCCUGGGGAGGUACGGGCGCUCCAUGGAGGCGCUGGAGCAGAGCGCCCUGGUCUCGGCCCGCUUGGACAAGUGCACAUGGCUGCCGGAGAAGUUCUAUAGGCCGGACCCCGGGCAAGUUGCCCGAGCUCAGCCUAGCCAGCCAAGUUCGUACGCCCCCUCCUGCUCCUCUAGAGAGCCUCCCCCCGCCCACGUGCAGAAACACCCUUCCCAGCCCAACCUGCAGAGCGUCGACGACUCGGGGUACAUUGGGUAUAGGAGCUACAGCCCCUCCUUCCAGCGCAGGACUGGCCUACUCCACGCACUCUCCUUCAGGGACCCUAUCUUUGGUGGCCUUCCAGUGUUCAAUAUAUCGCAAAGGCAAGGAACCCAACCAGCACCUUACCCGGACAGGUCCCCGUCACUGCCAGUUGCCGCCCCCCCUGGCCCGGAGCCCCCGCCGGGCAGUGGGCCCGAGAUUCCCAAGGACCAAAGAACCCCCAGCCAAGACAGCGGCGCCAGGUCUCUCCAGCCACCUCUGCCUCGGCCCGAGGCGGAGGAGAGGAAAGAGGAGGUGGUCCUCAGGCAAAAGCCCCCCACGGGCCGCAAGGCGCCAGCCCCCGCCAGGCAGAUGAACUUCAUCUUCCCCGACCACAUGAAGGAAACGGACAUUUGUGACCCGCCGCUGAGCUGCAAAGGGGACAAGCCAGCGGCGGAGCGGCCCGCCCGGCGGGUGGCACCAUUGGCAGUGCCAGAGGAUUCCCUGGCAUCCAUUCCAUUUAUAGACGAGCCGACGAGCCCCAGCAUCGACCUGAAGGCAAAGCACAUCCCUGCCUCCUCCGUCGUCUCCAGCGCCGUGAACUCUGCCCCCGCCAUCACCGGCAGCCCUUCCUCACCCACCUUCACCUUCGCCAUCAGUCGCCAUUACUCCCAGGACUGCAGCAGCAUCAAAGCCAGCCGCCGAUCCUCCUACCUCCUGGCCAUAACAACGGAGCGCUCCAAGUCGUGUGACGAUGGUCUGAACACAUUUCGUGACGAGGGGAAGAUCCUAAGGAGGACGCCAAACCGGGUGCCAAGUCUGCGAAUGCUGAGGAGUUUCUUCACGGACGGGUCUCUGGACAGCCUCGGAAUGUCUGAAGACACGAGAUCAAAGAGGCACUCGACCUCCGACCUCUUGGACGUGACUUUCAGUGACGUGAGGAAAGAGGGCUGGCUCCACUACAAACAGAUCCUCACCAAAAAGGGGAAGAAAGUUGGCGGGGGCAUCCGGCAGUGGAAGCGCGUCUUCGCCGUUCUCCGCGCACACUCCCUUUACCUGUGCAAGGACAGGCGGGAGGCCGUGACCUACGCGCCGCCCCAAGGUGAGGAGGAGCAGCCGAUCAGCAUCCGAGCGUGCCUGGUGGACAUUUCCUACAGCGAGACCAAGAGGAAGCACGUCUUCCGGCUGACGACCGCUGACUUCUGUGAAUAUCUCUUUCAGGCAGAGGAUCGGGACGACAUGCUGGCCUGGAUCAAAGUCGUCAGGGAGAACAGCAAGGCCGAGGGCGAGGACCCUGGGUUUGCAAGCCAAGCGCUUAUCAACAAGAAGCUAAAUGAUUACCGGAAAGUGAGCCCCUCGGGAACAAAACCAGACUCUUCCCCCAAGGGCUCGCGCGGGCUGGGGAUCAAGGCCGAGCUCCUGAAGCAGACGGGGACGAGCGCCCCCCGCUCCCCAAGGCAGGACAUGGCCGUGACUAAAGAUGACGGUGCCCCCCAGAAAGCCCCUUGGGGCAUCAACAUCAUGAAAAAGAACAAGAAAUCUGCUCCGCGGGCCUUCGGCGUCAGGCUGGAGGACUGCCAGCCCGCCCCAGCCAACAAGAACGUCCCGCUGAUCGUGGAGGCCUGCUGCAAGGUGGUGGAGGACAAGGGGCUGGAGUACAUGGGCAUCUACCGCGUGCCCGGGAACAACGCCGUGGUGUCCAGCCUGCAGGAGCAGCUCAACAAGGGAAGCACCGAGAUCAACCUGCAGGACGAGAGAUGGCAGGACCUGAACGUCAUCAGCAGUCUGUUGAAAUCCUUCUUCCGGAAGCUCCCGGAGCCCCUGUUCACAGACGAUAAGUACAACGACUUCAUCGAAGCCAACCGGAUAGAAGAUGCUAGCGAGAGGAUGAAGACGUUGCGGAAACUGAUCCGGGACCUGCCGGGGCAAUACUACGAGACGCUCAAGUUCCUGGUGGGGCACCUGAAGACCAUCGCGGACCACUCUGAGAAGAACAAGAUGGAGCCCCGGAACCUGGCCCUGGUCUUCGGCCCCACGCUGGUCCGCACGUCCGAGGACAACAUGACGGACAUGGUGACGCACAUGCCAGACCGCUACAAAAUCGUGGAGACCCUCAUCCAGCACUCGGACUGGUUCUUCAGUGACAAGGAGGACAAGGGGGAGAAGACCCCUGUGGACGAGAAGGAGGCGCAGUCGGUGCCGAACAUCGAGUACCUGCUCCCCAACAUCGGGAGGACGGUGGUGCCAGGGGACGCCUCAGAUUCAACCAAUAGCGGCUCUGCCAAAUCGAAGCAGGGCUCGGGGGCGCCCCGGAAGGAUCAGUACAACAAGGAGCUGCUCGCCAUCUCCUUCAUCGCCGCCGUCAACCGCAAGAGGAAGAAGCGGCGGGAGGCCAAGCGUUUGGGGAGCAGCACGGACGACGACUCGGAGCAUGAAGCCACCAAGGGCGCCAGCAAAGGCAGAGCCGAGGAGGCCAGGGGUGGGGGUGCGGAGGAGGAAGAGGCCAAGGGGCCGGGGUGCGGCGUGGCCCCCGGAGAGCCAGGCCCAACGCGCGACGCCCUGAGCCGCCGAGCGAGCACAGAGGAGCAGGCGGGACCGAGGGAGCCAGCGCCGGACGCCCGGUCCAUCGUCUCGGGCUAUUCCACCCUGUCCACCAUCGACCGCAGCCUGUGCUCGGAGGUGCAGUCGGUGGCCGAGAGCCGAGGUGACGAGGCAGACGACGAGCGCAGCGAAUUCAGCCACGUGGAGACGGACACGGAGAGCAGCUUCCUGCUGGGGAGGGCGGGGCCGCACGCCGGGCCGGGGCCCGAGGCGGAGAGCGGCGAGAAGGAGAAACUCGCCCGGGCCUCCUUCAACUCCCACCGGCUCAUCCAGUGCGACACGCUGGCCCGUAGGAAGCUGGCGCGGCCCCGUCCGGACAGCGAGUCGUCCACCAAGGGCAGCCAGGAGUCCCUGCAGCCCCCGGGGGCCGGUGGGGAGCCGUGGGGCAGCGGGGCCCCGGCCAGGCCCUCGCUGACGGAGCAGAUCCGCCUGCGUCUGCGCGGCUCGGCCGACGACAUGCUGGCCGUGCGCCUGCGCAAGCCCCACUCCCCGGAGACGCGGCGCAAGAAGAGCUCCUGGAGGCGCCAUACGGUGGUGGUGCCCGGCGGCCUGAAGGACCUCAACUUCAACGAGUGGAAGGAGCAGCAGACGCCGGGCCAGGGACCCCCCGUGGGUCCCGAGCUCUGCCCCCCGGACACCGGCGCCUCCUGCAGGGACCUGCACAGAGACAACAAGGACUCGGGCCUCAGCAGCCUGGAGUCGACCAAGGCCAGGCCCUCCUCGGCCCUGAGCCACCAGGGCGGCGCCGGUGAGCAGCUGCACAGUAAGGGCCCGGAGGGGAACCCUGGCGACCGGGGCCCGGCUCCCACCCGCGCAGCUUCUUUCCGCUUCCACCAUUGUCUCUAACCCCCGAGGCCUGUCUCUGCUUCCCCCCAUCUCUCUCGCCCCCUGUGCUGCCGCUUGUGGAGAAGGCUGAAGUCCCCUCUCUGGGCGGUUCCCCAUCCGCACAGAGGUUGGAGCGCCCCCUAGGGGCCAGCAGCCACUCGCCCGGUUUUUGCCGGCCUUGCCCCUUGAACGUCCCUUGGCCUUUCUCACGGGGCUCCCUAGGCUGCCGGAGACGCCCCCGGCCGCGCUGCCUGGCUGGCGCUCGGGCGCGGCGUUCGCUGAACGAGCCUCCCGUGGUUUGGGGAUGUAAUCGUGAGUCUGUUUGAUUUGUCUUCCUUUUUAAGACUCCCCCACCCCUGACGUUGCCAGGCCAGGCCUGGGUGGGGGAUUGUCCGCAGCUCGGAGCGUCCCGGCCUCGCCACAGAGCCGGGAUCCCAGCCCUUUGGGUCCAGCCCGCAGCUGGGAUGGGCGGGCACAGCGCACCCACAGGAAGCACUUGGCCUGAGACAGGCAACCCCUCCCCAGCCUCCUGGCCCCCCCAGCACAUCUCCCUGCGUGGCUGCGGGGUCCCUGAGGCUGCCAGAUCCGCUCCGCUGUCCCCCGGAUGUCACGGGGGGAGCGUGCGUGGCUCUCGCUGCCCCCGCUUGGUGGGGGAUCCCACGGUUCCUGCCAAGGGCUGCUCCCUGCUGACGCGGGGGGUUGGGGGCGGGGGAAGGAUGCUCCGAUUUCCAUGAGACCGUUGCCAGCCCCCCGCUGCCAGCCCCCAAACCUCCCAGCAGGAGCUGGUGCCUCCGAAAUCCUGCCCCAGCUCUGGCAUCACAUCACUGUGCCCCUCCCCCUGCCCCCUCGGCUCAGAGAAAGCGCCCCCUGGUGUGCAAGGAACUGCUGGGUGGCUUUGAACAGAGGGUCCCUGGCACCCCAGUCCCGCCCGCCCCCGAGAGGCCCCCCCUUUCCCAAGCCGGUUCUCCCACCCCGGGUCAGUCCAGGGUGAGCGAGGCGGCUGUGGAAUGGAGACAGGAGGCCGCGCAGACACAGCGCCCGCACGUGGGCUUUGCUCAAGAGCGUGAGCGUUUUUCCGCUGGCUCGUAACACUGGCGUGUGCAUGUGUAUGUCUGUGUGUGUGCACGUGCGUGUGCACCAGUCGCCUGUGUGUGUGCAUGUGUGCACCAGUUGCACAUGUGUGUUCAUGUACACCAUUUGCACGUGUGUGUGUGCACGUGUGUGCUAUGGCUGUGCCCCAUGGAGCACGUGCCUGCGGUGCCCUUGUGUCCAGCCUGAUUCAGUGUUGGGUAAUUGGUAGAUGUAGGUGUGGUGGCAUCGUUGGCACCUGAGCAGGAGUGUGUGUGUGUUGGGGCCGUUGGCACGUGCUCAGUGACCACAUGCCCGCUGGCACCAGGUGCGGGGUCCACUCGCGUGAAUGCUGGGAAAUGUCCCUCGUGCCAAGGGGCCCUUUGUUCCCUAGCCCCUCCCCUGUGCCAGGCCGUGCCAGGUCCUGCGCUCUGCCAGGGAGGAGGUGUUGUUGUUUGCUAGCCUCAAAGCCACAGGGGAAGAAGCAAGAGAAGGAGCAGGGGCCGGGGAAGCGUAGGAAGGGGGCCCAGGUCAUGGCUGGUUCAGUGCUUCCAGUGUGGCAGGGAAACCCAGCCAGGGAAGCAGAGCUACGUGGGCCAGCCAGGAACAUCCCGGGAGGAGGGAGGAAUCCUGGCCCCAUUGCAGUCGAUAGCCCCACCGGCAUCACUGGGGCCUGGAGUUGAGCCCUGAGCACUCGGCAGCUGCCCUUCCUCCCCGGACAUGACCCUCAGCUGCUCUCUGCGGCCUGAGGCCUCCUGCCCCUGGACAGGCGGGUUCACACCCGCAGCUGAGCCGUGCAAAGCUCCCUGAGGUUAGGCCGCCCGGUGGGACUUGGGCACUCCCAGGGGGGUGGGGGGGGCGUCUUUGGCUGGGCAGCCCCCUGGCUAGCAGGUGGAGUGGGCAGCUGGGGACGUGAGCGUUAGGUGACACCCCCAGGCAGGUCGCAGCCCCUUUGAGAAGCGGGGCAGGGAGGGGGGUGUGAGCGAGCGGCGCGGGUGCGCACAGGACACACAAGUGGCACUGCAGAGAGCAGCCAGGCCCAAGGCCCGUGGCAGCGACGCUGGGAGAACUCACGGCUCACGGGAUUGAGACUAGAUCUGUCCUGGCCGCUGUCGAGUCAGGCCCUUGCUAGCAGCGCCGACCGGGGAAAUGGCCCGGGGUAAACCCAUAAUGCCCAUCGUGCCAUCCGGCCCCGAGCCUGUUUCCAGCCGGGUUGUGGGCAGCCCAGUGUUAAUGCUCCAGACCCGGUGCCGUGUGGCUGCAAACACAGCAGGGCCAGUGCCCCAGGCGGUUUAAUCCUAGUCCCUGCCUUGCACAGCCCGGCUUUCAGCCCUACCAGCUCGCCUCCUCCCGGGCCCCCGCAUGCCCAGGGACAGGCCUGGCGUGUUUGUGUCUCACAGCCCAGUUGGUUCCCAGCACUAACUGGCUGCCCCUUGCCCCGCACCUGGGUAGAGCAGAUGCGGCCAGAGCACAGAGAGAACUGGGUUUGAAUGCAGGGCUUGCCGGAGCCCGGAGCGUGCACACUUGCUCUGCAUCGCCCUUGGGAUGCACAAGGACUGGAGCAUUCAAACCACUGCGACAGGAAUGUGUCCACCCUGCAAACCUCCCCUCGCCCACCCCUGCUGGUUUCACCCAGGAACUCGUUUGUGUUUUGUUUUCCGUCACACCGCCAACGUCCCAGUGCUUGUGCCACCCACCCAGCUGGGGGCACCGGUCACGGCCUUGCGUCUCAAAGCGCUUUCGCAACCGAUGCAGCCACCGUCGGGGCAGGCCGCAGCAGCUGUAACGGGUGCAGGGUUCGGGUUAAGGGAGCCAAUGGGAACUGGCGAGGGUGCUGCGGGUAGGUGGGGCUAAUCUUACACAAACUGGAAUUUGGCUGGCCCUGGCAGCCUGUCUCUCGCUACAGACAUAGUGCCGUGGAAGAGUUUUGAGUCCGUCGCACGCUGCAUUUCUCAGCGUCAGGAGAGCCGACGCUGGCGUGAGCUCAUUCGUCCCAGGUAACUGGAGCCAGGCAGCGUAUUAAUUCCAUGCACAGAAAGUCCCACAUUCUAGCAAGCAAACGUCUGUCGUCCUAUGCAGUGGUUUAUAUUUUUCCUCUUGAAAAUGGUAAACUGUGUUUUCGUGCUGCUAGACUGUGGCUCCCUUUUAGUUUGAAAUUAAAACCAUCCCUCCCCCCGCCAAAUCCAAUGCACCCGUCUCUGUGUUUAGAAAAAAGGCCAACUGCAGCCCCGUGCCAGGCGAUUGUCUUACUGACCCAGGGUACUGUCUCUGCAGCGAGCAACCAGCUGUCCUCUACCGCGCUGGGGCUACAAAAUAACGCCACGCCGCGUCUUCCGCUUCGAACUGCAGCCAUUCCAAUGAGAGGCCUUGGGAGGAUUUUAAAAAUAAAAUUAAAACAAAAAAAAAAACCUUACUCCAGUUUCUGCAUCGUUCUCAUACUUUAUGCAAAUAAUUGCUGUAAAGUUUUGUUGUUUUCCUUUUUUGUGUAAAUAGCGUCUUGAAAUGUGUAACAUAUUACAAAGAAUUUAUAAGGAUUUUUUUAAGAAGUUUCGCUCAUUUAAAAAAAAAAACCCCAGAAGAAAACCACCAAGUGCUGUAACAGUGUUGACUUUUUAAAACCUUCCUGCAUGUGUCAUGUUUUUCCUUGAUGUGUUGUAAAAGGUCAGACAUAUAUAUGGAAUAUGCAAAACUAAAAAAAACCAACCCACCUGGUUUGGCCCUCGCCGCCGUACAGUUCUAUAUAUUGGAAAUAAACUGGCGUAUUCAAGGAA